AUUUCUUCCACAAGCAACAACUGUCACCACCAACUUUUGCAAGACUAUCCCACCAACACACGGGUCAACAAGAACAGCCGCGUCUUGCCCUUUGCGUCUGUCUACAUCCUCCCCUUCUACGCUGCAGCUGCAUCCGUCACGCUUCGACAGACGGGAAGACUCACCUCCACUGGUAAACAUGCCCCCUGCUCUGUCCUGCCCUGCCUGCCCCGCACUCAUCCUGACCAGCCCAUCCAAGCCCUGGCCAGUGACGCAGCCCUGAACUUUGACCAGUUGAACAGCCUGGAACAAACCGUCAGCCUAACAAGUUCUUCUUCUCCUCCAGACAACAAAGCUCGACCGCGCAUUCGCUCGUUGAUCGCGCCGAGAUUUCA